AUGGGCAAGAAGCCAGCUCAGCAGUAUGCGUGGUGCUCGUGUGGAGAGUGGACCUACAACUGGAGGAUCGAGGAGCUUGGUGGCAAAUGCUUGUUCUGCAAGAAGCAGCUUGAGGUGUUCAAGCCCAAGAAGAAGUACCCGAAGUCCGAUGGUGGGGGCACCCCGCCAUGGAGAGAGCCAUCGCCAAUUUCGUUGCGAGACUUUCUCCCUGAAGAGCUUCGGGCUACGCCUGCCGCGCAAGCGUUGCAGGCCGAGAUCGACAAGGCAGAGCAGGAGAAGCAGCAGAAGGCCACCAAGGACCCGUCCGCGGCGAAGCAGGCUAUGCUCAGGGCGGAUCGCAUCGCGGAGCAGGAAGAGCAGCGCCUCAUCAAGACGGCCAACAGGCUCCUCGAGGCGGAGCAGGCGUUGGAGGAGGCCAAGAGGAUCCACAACCUCCAGAUCGAGACCUCCCUCGCCGCCGAGGCCGAGCGCACGAAGGCGCACGACGACUACUGGCGUUUGGACCCGACUCCCAGGCGCCCCGAACCCAAGGAUUCAGCUGCAGUGUUCUUUGAGGUGGACUCCGCCCUCUUCGAGAACAUCGACGAGUACGAGGACUCUGUGCAGGAGUCACUACGCCAAUGGCAGGCAGAAGUUGCCCGCCACCAGCAGGAGCUUCAAGCGGGCCAGAAACGCUUCGAGGAGCUUCUCAAGAGUAUCAAGGCGGCCGUCGAGGAGCCCGCCAACAAGAAGAGGCGCACCCCUGAGGGUGCAGUGCACGGUGCGGCGCCUGCGGCGCGUGCUGACACGCCAGCCAAGCAGGCCCCACCGACGACGCCAGCCCCCCCCAUUGUGCCGCCUCCAGUCAAGGCGGCGCCUGCCAAGGUGCCUGCGUGCCCGCCAGCCAAAGGUGGAGGCACAGCGGCGCCAGCGGCACCGUCGGCGGCCGAGCGCACGGCCAACCUCCUCACGGAGGAGCAGGCCACCGCUGCUCGUGAGGCCAUCUCCCAGAAGUCCAAGGAGGCAGCGGCUGCGGCGAAGCAGACAGGGAAGCCCGCCACUCUCACAGCCGCGAAGGAGGGCCUCAGGUACAUUCACAAGAUUCGCAAGCACUACAAGGUGGUCGCCCUAGUGGAGACCCACAUCGAGAAGGCGCGCAUCCCCCUGGAGCGCGAGACACUACGGAAGGAUGGAUGGAAGUUGACAGCCACACCAGCAGUGAAGAAGCAUGAAGGCUUCUCCGCAGGCGAAUGGAUAUUGGCUCGUAAUUUCGUCGCCACCACGACGAUGGAGAAGAUGCGCACGGAGAUGAUCGCCAUGGGACACAAAGACCCGUUCAGAGGUUUCAUUCCCAUUAUAUGGCACCUGCAAUCUGGCAACUUGGUGGUAGUUUCAACGUACCUCUCCCCAGGCAUGGGAGUCCAGCGCAGGAAUGCAGAUACCCUCAAGGCUUUGUCGGCCUUUCUUUUCAAGAUUAGAGACCCCUGGAUCGUCCUCGGAGACUGGAACAUGUCGCCAGCGGCAUUCACCAAUACUAAGUGGCCCAGCAAGAUGCAGGGACACAUCGUCACGGCAGGCAACGUGCACUUCACCUGCGACCAGGGCACCAAUGGCGGCAUGUACGACUAUGCAUUCGUGAAGGAUGGAUACCAGGACUUUGUCAAUAUUCAGGCGGUACUGACAGUUCCUUGGAGACCGCAUGCUGGACUGGAGAUAACCAUCGCGGGUUUCAGCAGCAAGUGGUGGCACCGCAGCAUUACGUUGGUCCCCACGCUGCCCGCAUACUCCAAGCCAAAGCUCCAGGCCCAGGCCGACAGCAAGCGUAGCAAGCAGAAGAAAAAGCAGACUCAACGGCGAGCUGAAGUACUCCCAGAACAGCUGCAGGAUGCGUUCCUUGAGAUGAGUCAUGAGCAGGACGGCCAAGAACCUACCCAACCAGAGUUCCACAUCCCUGGGGACAAUUGGACUGUUGGACUCGUUCAGGCGGACGCUCUAUUGAUGGAGGGACUUGAUUUCACCUCCCAUCCCAUCCCAGUCACUCAGGCGUUGGCUCGUGACGUGGAGGGACAGCACCAGAUUGAUUGGCAUUACGCGAGAUGGGUCACGGCCUUGGAGGAGACUAUACUCUCUGUUGAGCCAGCGCCCCAGCGACAUUGCACGGGCAGACGCAACGGCUUCCAACUUCAAUGGGAAGUAUCUAAGUCAACCCCAGGACGAGUUCAUGUGGAAGAUAAGCCUGCUGAGUUAUGGGGUGUGAUGUCGACCUUGGUCUCACGCCUGCGCAAGCUGGUCGCCAAAGGUCUUGACCCAGCGCAGCAGAAUGAUAUACUCAGGCGGCUGAAAGAAAUUGGUGCAGGCAUUCUCAAGGGCACGCCACUGCAGUACUUCGGCAAGAACAGUGAUGCGGAUCGCGAAGAAUGGACUGACAUGUACAGCAGGCUUUGCAACGUGGACCAGUCGCAGAUCCAGGCUGAGUACUCCGCAGUGAUGGCCAUGAAGAAGGCCAGUAAGGCCCCGACGCCAGACCACUCCGACCUCGACCCAGGCAUCCUGAAGCUCAUCAGCCGCACUCCACACUUCCAGUGCUGGCCAGUCUCUGGCACCCCCUUCGCUCAGGAAG